UUGACUAAGAUUUCCCGGAUGUACACAUGCGCAAAGGCAAUGUCGGACAUUUUGCGCCAACUUUCUGGGUUUGUCAUAUACUGCAACCACUAAAACUGUUAUAUUUUAUAACUGUGAGUCAUAAUUAACUCGCAAGUGACUAAAAUGCAAAACACGGUGAAUUUCUAAUUGAGUGAUGUAAAGGAACUGGUCCUAUCAGUCCCAGUUCAAGUGCAAGUUUGCUCUGAAGUGGGUGAUCCGGACGAAGGUGAUGUAGGCGAAAAGAGAGAAUGGAUUUCGACUUGUGACAGCAGUAUUUUGAAGAAUUAUUUUGACGUGCAUGGGCUAAUCUACAAACAAAUCAGGAUGGCUACUGUUGAAUAUGAUUUGGAUACGUCUGGCGGACUCAUGGAGCAAAUCCAGAAGCUCGUUGCACCGCCUGUCAGUGAAGAAUAUGCAAGACGAAUGAGGAGAAGAGACCGUGAACAUAGAAGACACGGCCGUUCCGUCAACCAUGACUGUUGUGACAGCUGCAAGGAAGGUGGCGAUCUUCUCUGUUGCGAUCGUUGUCCGGCAGCUUUUCACUUACAAUGCCAUGAUCCACCAUUAGAGGAAGAUGAUCUACCUCCAGGGGAAUGGAUAUGUCAUAGGUGCCGGAUUGCUGAUAAUCAGAGCAAGGAGGAUCCGGUGCCAAGUACCUCAACUGGAUCCAGAGGUCGUCCAAAGAGGCAACAUUCUCAAGAAGAAGAAAAGGAUGUCCCAGAACACCCCCUUCAGACCCUUGCAAAAGCUGCUCGUCUCAUGAACCCAAUUCAGUUUGAUCUGACAAAGGAUAUUGCUUGUACUAUUCCACUUCCAGGAUCGAGCAAAAGAAAAAUUGGGAGUCGUGGAUCAAGUCGAAAAGCUCCGCAUGAACUUGACAAUGGCAUGGUGUCACUACCAGCUAAAGUUUGCUUUCAGUGUAGCAGGAGCUGUCGGGUGGCCCCCCUGAUCCAGUGUGACUAUUGUCCACUACUGUUCCACCUGGACUGUCUCGCCCCACCCCUCACCAGCUUCCCCACAGGCAGGUGGAUGUGCCCCAACCAUGUGGAGCAGAGUGUGGAUGAGUACCUGUUGAAGUCCCUUAGUCUGUGUGAGAGGGUGAAGCUGUGGGACCAGUCAGCGGGCCAUGUGGACCAGCAUGCCGUCAAGGUCAACUUCCUACACAAAGCACAUCGCCAGCAUCCUCCGUUCAGGUUCAAGAGAAGACUCCCAUCAAGGAAGACCAUAACUAUACCGCAAGCAAUAAAAGAUCACUACAACAAUCCUCCCCCAUUACUUCCAAGGGCAGCUACAGCAACACUCAGCAGCGUGGAAUCUCCCAGCCAGGCUGCAUCAUCAUCAUCAGAGGCAACGCUUGAGGAACAGGAGGAGUGGCUGACAGCUGUUGUGUCUCUUCAAACAAGCAUUGCCAAAUUUCUCGCUCAGAAACAAUUGCAAAAAUCAUCUGACAGUGCUAAAUCAGACUCUGGUCGCUGUGAACACGGUAAGCCGACAGCGUCAGUGGCUCCGGUGAUGCAUCGAGAGACGGACAAUGCUCAGUGUAGCCUGGCAGCUGGAGAUGCCCAACCCUCACAUACAUUCAAGGAUAGCAACGACUGUGAUAGGACUAGCAACUUGAAUGGAUCUGGCUUGACCAGUCCACAGGAGACAUUACCCAACGGCCCCUUUGAGAUGGGCAAGGGAGCAGCAAUAUCUCUCCUCCAUGGAAGCCCUGCAGCAACCAGCAGUAGUGCCAUGAACGGAGAGAUGGAGUACAUGGAUGUUCAGAAAACGAAGCCAGAUGCUGUUGUGAUACGGACAAGAAGUAAUAGUGCAGACUCAGCUUCUCCCAAUGUGGUCAAAGUCACAUGGCCCUGUGGGGAAAAACAGGGUUCCGGUGGAGUGACAAAUACACAAGGGAAAAAUAUUUUGAUCAGUGCUAUUAAUAAAGUGACAAAAGUGUUGCCCAAUUCCAGUCAAGUGGGAAAGGUUGUGCUACCAGCAAACAUGGCAGCCAAGAAUGUGAGUGGCAGUAACCCUACCUCAAUUCUCUCCCCACGUGUCACCAUGCAGCCGGCUGUGAAGAUUGCCACCCCCGGGGGGAAACCCUCAUCCACUGGCUCAGGUCCUACUUCCACUCCUAAAGUCAUCACAGUAUCUGCUUCACCCUCAGGAGUGAAAUCUUCCGGCAGCAGCAAUGUGGCAAUAUCUCAGGGAAAGGGGAGUAACUCAAGUAAUCUGAGCUCACUACCAACAAUCAUCAAUGUCAACUCUACUCUCCAGCAGCUAAUAGAAGGAAAUCAAGAUUGUGAGUUGAACAAGAUUGACGAGAAACUAAUCCAAAUCCUUGCAUGGCAACGGUUGCAACAGCUGAUGUCGUCCUCAAACAAGUCCCAGUCACCACCGAACAAGAAGAGUCUUCUGAAUGGCCUUCUGUCUCAACCAGGGUCCAGCGAUGUGCGAGCUCGGGCUGUGCUCUGUCCGCUCACAGGAAAGGGGCAGGCAGUUCCGAUGCCCUACAGAACACUCAGUAUCGGCACAGGUGCAGACAUGGAUGUGUCCCUUAGCCAAUUCGGAAGCUGCAACUUCGUCUCUGCUAAACACGCCUGUAUUUUUUAUGAUGAGAUGACCCGUCACUAUGAGCUGCUGAACUACAGUGAGCAUGGAACAACAGUUGACAAUGUGCUGUACUCGUGCGACUUCUCCGACAAGCCAGCCACCACCCCACAGCCGUCCCCGAUCGUGGCUGCUGUGAGGGAGAUCAACAGCAAGGCUAGGCGGAGAUCUGAUUCCGAUCCCGAGAAACUAGAAAAACACACCAUGACAGCUAAAGCUCAUGAUCUACCACGUCCUUGCAACUGUCGAGUGAGCAGCUCAAGUCUCAUUGGAGGGAGUGGUGCGGGCUGGGAGGGCACGGCCCUGUUGCAUCAUGGGAGCUACAUCAAAGUGGGAUGCCUCCAGUUUGUGUUCAGCAUCGUCGACCAGGCGGCUUCAGAACCCAUAAUAGAAAAAAAAGUUGAAUCUAUGUCAUUGUUAAAAACUCACUUAAAGGCAGCAGCCCAGUAACACCAGCUCAUGUAAUGACCUUCUCAUCAAGCUGGAACAUAGCUUCUUUUCUUUCUUUUUAAUAAAUUUUUAUAGAAGAUAUUAUUAAAUAAAUUAACAGGUACUUAGUUUCCAGCUAACAUUAAUUUAUUCUGAUGUCAUGAUAUUCUAAUACUCUCUAAAUAAUUUUCAUCUUAUCUUUUGAUGAUGGGGUAUUUUCCCCCUUCAUUUGUCAAGUAACGUUAUCAUGGUCAGUGAAACAAGCAUGCUUGAAUAGCUAUUGUUAAUCAUAAGUAACAACAUUCAGGUCUGACGCUAUGUAGGAAAUUGGUUCCAAAAUACAUGUUAGGUCUUUCCUAGUUUUCAAUUACAUAUUUAUAUAAAUUGCAAAAAUAUGCAGCAUAUUUGAUAAUUAGGUUUUGAAAUAAACCCUAAUAUCCAGGAUACCUGUUGUCCCAGAGGUAUGCAUUCCCAAGUCGGAGAAAAUUGUUAGGCUGGGAACAAUGAAGUUGAGUGUUAGGCCAUGCUAUUGGAUGCAGUUUAAUGUGUGUUUGGAAUAUGACCAUGCCUAGUUAUAAGUAUAAAAUGUAAUCUGUUCACCUCAGGUUUUGUUCUUCAGGGAUGUGAUCAUAUUAUUAAGAUUCUUAACUGGGCAGCUGAGGGGGGUGCAUGCAGGGCCCGGUUGUCUGAGCUUCAGUUCGCGGUGCUUCAGUUCAAGUUCUGUUCCCUUGAUGUGCCGGGAACAUGAUCGUGGGUUGGAAUCCUGAUUAUGUUCCUAGGCUUGUCAGCAUCAUACCUCAUGGGUUCCGCCAAACUGGUAAACAUCGUAAGAUCUGCAUCACUUCAGGCUUUCCUCCUCCGUCAAAGAUUCAUGUGGUACAACUGUAAUACUGUACAAGGCAUACACCAAGGCUUGACUCACUGAGCAGCUGAGUUGAUCCUCCAAAACAUUGACUAACAUCUCUGAAUGUUCCAAAAUUAUAGAUACUACCUUAUAUAUGGAAAUUAAAUAAUUUCUCAAUUUUGAAAGGAAUUGUACUUAAAUUGUCCAGAAUUACUAGUUUUAUAUGAAUAUAUUUUUUGAAUAUUUGUUAGUGAAAAUUUUGUUAUAUUAAGGUUUGAAGAAAAUGAAAUAUAUAUAUAUAUAUAUAAUUAUAAUUAUAUAAUUCUCCAUCAAUGCUUCAAGAGUAAAAGUUUUUAAAAUUUGUGCCAUAUUCAGUAUGGUUGAGAUACGCUUUUCUCAGCAAGAGUUAUCUCCCCUUUCAGCAGUGUUAUUUCAUAAUGUCAAAAGUCUCCACAUUGCCCAGUUCUACUGAUUACAAGUUGCUUUUCAUUUUUAAAUUUCAAUAUCUGUCUCAUGUUAAAUAGUAGGCAAGGAAAGGUUUGUUGAAUUGUUUUGAUUUCACAAGUUAGAGUGAAACUACAUUUUAUUACACAUGAUGGGCGUAUCAUUUCUUUGCCUUUUCGUGUCGACAUUCACUAUACUAGUUGACCUAAUUACAGGGGAAUCAUAUGUAAUAAUAUUUUCAGCUCAAUACCAGUUUCUACAGUAUUUUAAAAAUGCAUCAUUGUGGAAAAUUUCCUUGGAAAGGUACCUUUGAAUUACCUAAGUGUGUACCCCAUAACAGCUUCAUCUGUGUUUGAAUCCCUAAACAGUAAACACUAUGUUCUCCAAAACGCCACAACAAUAUCAGAUGGUGAAAAUAAGACUUCAUGAAGCCAAAAUUUUGAUAGGGACAAACUUGAAGACUUCCAGAUAAUUACAAUGAUAUUAUGAAGCAUCGAUAGAUUUAAAAUGAAGCAGAUAGUUUAUCCCAUUGUUAGGUUAGUAUGGUGUAUUUAUCAGUGGAUCAUUUCAUUCUUGCUUGAAACUGAUUGCUUGUGAUGUGAAAGGUUUACACAAUUCUAUAUCCCUAACGGAAGUUGAGCAGUUUAGAGCUGAUCAACCUGGAUUCUGAGGAAAUAUUGUUCGGUUAUCUGUCAAGUAGAUAUUAAUGUUUAAUGGUUUUUAUGAGUCAUGUAUGGACAGGAUUUACGUGCCCAUUGGUAUAGCAUUGAGUUGCUAGAGUUUAGUGGGGAACAAAUUUAAUGAGAGACAUACUUGAUAGCACAUUCUUCUUCUUCUUUUUUUAUGCAGGCAGUUGAUUUCCAGUCUCGUUACUCAGGUUAGCUGGACCUUCGUAGCUCCAGGUUGUCCUGUCUAGGCUAAUCACCUUGUUCGUCUAUGUUACAGCGGCAGUAGGGAGGAUGUCAGAAAUGUUCCUUUGUUAUUGUCUUGCUAGCUCACCUGAUCUGAAAGAUCCAAAUGAAAAUAGAUCUUUGCUUUCUCAGGUUUUCAGUGAAUAUGAUUUUAAAGAUAGAAGUCAGUGUUGUAACUGGUGCAUGUGUGUAUUAAGUGAUGUUGGAUAAAGAUCUGAAAAGUCUUCUUAGAUCUGGGCACUGUUCGACAAAGCAAUCGUAGAGCUGUGACUCGCAAGUUUAUGUUUAAGAAGUGGAGUUACGAUGGUCAUAGCACUUAGAUCGCUUUGUGGAAUGGGGCUGAGGUAGUGUUAUAUUUUUGAUAGUGUUCAGACAAUCACUUGUGAGUAGGAAGGGACCAGUGUGAUGGGAUAUUUGUUAAAUCCGAAACUUCUCCCUCCAGUCUAUAUGUGGCCAGCUUACAGUCCAACAAAGCUAACACAUUUUACGUGCUAUGUUAAUAAUUGAUCUAGUUGAAGUAUAAAUUUGGAUAAAGCAACUUAAGUUAGAGGUUGCAAUAACUAAUUAAUAUUGAGCAAUCUCAUCUGAUACAUUGACAGUUAUAGGAAAUCACAUUACAUUUCAUUUUUUAUAUUUAUUCUGGGGUUGGGGGUGGGGGUCAUUGUCAAGUUUCUAUCAUAUUUGAUGUAGUAAGCGUCCACGUCAAAGAGGUGUCCAAGGUUUUAUCCUGGCAUUGUUUAAACGAGGUUAAGUACUCCCAUCUUCUUUCAUGAAACAUACUUGAAUUUGAUUGGUUCAUGUUUAGGUACAUUCCCUUGUACCUGCUACAGCGAUGUACACGUGGAAAGUAUCUUCCCCGUUGGCAGGGCAUCUGACAUGUUACCGAUCUCAGCAUUUCAAGCUCCUCACAGUGAAACAGUAUUGCAUAAUUAACAUUGAUAUAAGAUGUAUGUAGAGCCUCAACAUCAACAAAUGGUCUUCAAAUCUGACGACAAACGCUUCACACCCCAAGUUCAAUUUGUUUUUAAUUUGUAGAAUGUCAAAUCAUGAUUAAAAUUUCACACAUGAAUCUGUUAUCUAAUUAACUGAAUUAUAUUUUUAAGAUGGGUACUUAAUGGAACAGUGCUUAUUUCAUCAAAUACGGUAUGUUUGGAUAUUUUCCAGUCAUACUUUUGUCUGAGAGCUGGUCAUGAUGAUUGAUAAUAGUCCUCUACACUAAAUGAGAAGAAGGCUCAGUACUACAGCUUGUUAAGGUACAUUCUAAUCACCUCACUGCAUACAUCUUCGAAUAUUUUGUUUCAAAUGUGUUCUAUGAUUGUCUCAUGUCCAGACAAGGACGAUAAGCUGGUGUUGCUAUCUGUGUUCACAGUCCCCAUACAGCUGAGUCGGGCUGGGUUGUGUUCAUUGACUUUGAUAAUGACUCGAAGUGCCAUAGGUAUUGAUGGUUAUUUCAUAUUUCGCUAGUUCAAAGGUAUUUUUGCUACUGAUGACCUGUGUUCAAGUGCUCAAUCUUUAUGUAUAUGUUUGCUGAAAGAAGACGUCAAUGAUAUUAGUAGUUAUAUUUUUAAUUGCUCUGUGUGACGGAUCUGCAAACCCAAUAAUAUGUCACAAAAAAUAUUUGUCAAUUUUAAUGGGUUUUUUUUUUUUUUUUUUUUUCAUUUCUUUCUUUCUUUAUUCUUUUCUUUUUUGGUUACUACCAAAUGUGUUAAUUACUUCCGGGCAGUAAGUCAUUCUUUGACUUGUCAUUAAGAGCCAAUUUUAUCACAGUUGCUAUAUUUUCCCCUAUUGAAAAUUCCUUUCAGGAAUCACUUUGGUUAUGAUUUUGAUUCAUAAACCAAGUAUUUAAGAUACUAGGUGUUAGGAACAGCAUCAGACUGGUCAUUGGUUACAGAGGUGGAUGUGUGAUGGAAUACUUCACUGACACACGUGAGGGAAGUCGAGAAAACAUUGGUAUGAUUUGAGGAGAGCUGAAAUGGAUAGAUCAUGAGUAUUGAUAUUUCUUGUAUUUUCCAUGCCGUAAAAGGCGACUAUGCUUGUCGUUAAAGGCGACUAACGGGAUCGGAUGGUCAGGCUCGCUGACUUGGUUGAUGCAUGUCAUCGAUCCCAAAUGCGUGGAUCGAUGCUCAUGCUGUCAAUCACUGGACUGUCUGGUCCAGACUUGAUUAUUUACAGACCGCCGUCAUAUAGCUGGAAUAUUGCUGAGUGUGGCGCCCUUGUGAGUCAGCCUGGAGAAUGGAAUGUCGCUAGUUCAAUCCUUGCACCUCAUACCUAAAGACGUUGAAAUAUGGUACUUGUUAUCCAACCUGUUUGGGAUAAAACUUGAACUGGUUGGCUGGAGACUUUAUGCUGUGUCUUGGUGGGAUAUCCAUGUUUAACUGCGGCAUGGUAUCUCAAGGGGCUAGCACUAUAAAACUGGCAGUAGUCCGGACUAGUGCAAGCAGACAUGCACAUGCAUGCACCUUGCCAUAUGAGUGCAAUAAUCUUGAACACAACAUUAAACCCUAUUUCACCUCACCCCCUCUAUGGUAAUUCAGUGUCUAUGAGUUAACCAAUCACUACUGUCCUCUUUAAUUGAUGACCAGUCUCUUUAAUUAAUACACAUUGUGUAUAAGGACUUUUGUGACACAUGUUUCUAUGCACUUCGUAUCAGUUCUGUUGUGGGCCUACUGAGUAGAAUAGAGACUACAUCUAGCGAGCCCUGUGAAUUCUUCCCUAUGUGCCAAAAUGAAGUAUUUUAAUUUGCCUUUUAAAUAAUUGAGGCCUUUUAAAUAAUUGAGGUCUUUUGAGGUGGUUAUGUUGGGUUUGAUUAACCUGUGAUCUUGUGGUAACACCGGUUGGGUCCCUGUCGAUUGACCUUGAUCCGUUGUGUUAUGCUGUGUAUUUUUAAGACCUCUGUUAAAUCAAGGUGAGGACAUAACAGAAAGGUCCCAUGUUUUCUCGUGUACUUGUGUACUUAAAUAUAAUGUCCAGAAACAACUAUUCAAUGCAUUAUGAACUCUUGAGAUGAUUUUACUUACUUACGAGGGGCGUCAAUAAGUUUUGCAACUUCAAUAUAAGACCAAGUCGCAGAAUAUCUUUUGCACUUUUAUUUUCCAUAUAACCUCCAUUCACCUCAAUACUUAUUCCAUUUGUCCUUCAAGCUUUUAAUACAC